UCCGGGCAGGGCCCCCGCCCCCGCCAUGGAGAGCGGGACGCCGCUGUCGGGCGGGCAGCGAGCGCUGAUCCGGGAGAGCUGGCGGCGGGUGAGCGGCAGCCCCGUGCAGCACGGCCUCGUCCUCUUCACCAGGCUGUUUGACUUGGAUCCUGACCUGCUGCCCCUUUUCCAGUACAACUGCAAGCAGUUUGCCAGCCCUCAGGAGUGCCUCUCUGCCCCUGAGUUCCUGGAUCACAUCAGGAAGGUGAUGCUGGUGAUUGAUGCUGCUGUGAGCCACCUGGAGAACUUGUCCUGCCUGGAAGAGUAUCUCUGCAACCUUGGCAAGAAGCACCAGGCAGUUGGUGUGAAGGCUGAGUCUUUCUCGACUGUCGGCGAGUCCUUGCUGUACAUGCUGGAGAAAUGCCUUGGUGCUGCCUUCAGCCCAGAGGUGCAGGAAGCUUGGAGCAAACUCUACAAUUCUGUGGUGAAAGCCAUGCAACGUGGCUGGGAGACCCUCCCAGAAGGGGACUAGAUCCUGCCAGCCAUCCCUAUCCCUGACGUGCAGCGGUCCUGAGCACGGGGAGUCUCACGCCACGCUCGCUGCCUCUCCCCAUCUCUGUCCUUGUGUGUGCACCGGCCCAUGGCUGCCUCUGCCACUCACCGCGUGCUGUGGGGCUCUCACAUGGUUCCACCCAGCUCUGCCUUUGCUAAGGGCUGGCAGGGCAUGUCCCUGCAGUGGAGCCUGGCAGUGCCACAGCACAGGUAUGCCACCCUGCCCCAGGUUCCUUCAGGAACGUCAACACCCAUGUACCUACUCUGGGAUUUAGCUUGCUCAUCUUCCCUCCUCUUGCUACCCACCCUAGGUAGGUGACAGCUGGCAUAGGCCUCUUGGGCUUACUUGCCCCAAGUCCUGUUUUCUGUGCUUUACCUGCCAGGUCUGACACUGCUCAGUCCUGUGCUGCUGUACCUGGUUUGGCUGUGGCAGUGACAGAUUUGGCUCCAUCCAGGUCGAAAGGCAGCAAGAGAGCAAGGCUGGUCACACCCUGUGGCUUUCCUCAAACCUUGCAGAGAGUUUUCCCCCUCUCCCUUCAUCAAUAUAUCAUUACCAGAUGGUAAAUCCUGGUGCUUUCUUCUGCCUUGCCUCUGACCUGGAUGGGAUCCCUGGCUUUUCCCUGUGUCAUGUUGGCCACAACCCAGUAGGUUUCCUAGGGAUGCUUCAGGCAGUGGUGUCACUUUAAUCCCAAGGUGAGACUACUUUUGGCAGGGUUGGGCUGCCAGCUGAAAGGCUUUGUGUUGAUUUGGCCAGCUGGUUUAACCUUCGAGCCAUUUGAAAUGCAGCAGCACAGCAGCAACAGUAGCAAUGUCUGUUUACUGCUCUGUGUAAAAGAAAAUAAAGUAAAUCCAAGGAAAAGAUGUCUUAAAAUAAAAAUGAAGGUUGCAAUUGUGUCAUAGCAACAGCUUCCAGAAAUUGUGGCUCUUGGCCAGAGGAAGCGUAGCUGGAAUCUUUCUGCUGAUGCUGUCAGGUCUGGAGCACUGCCCAGCUGCUCUCAGUGCCCAUCUGCAGAGCUCCUUGCCCUCACAGGAGCAAGGAGAUAGCAUCUGCUAGAAGAAAUCCCAGAAAACUGCUGAGAGGCAGCACCUGAGGACUCUUUGAAGAGGCUGAACUUGAGUACUUUGAGGAAGAGUUCAUCUUUAUGGGGAAGUCACUGUGAAACAAGCAGAACCAUGUUUCUAGCCACCACUAGCCCCACAACAAGGACAUGGAAAAAUUAUUCGGUUACAGGCAGCACCCUUUUUUUGCCUCUUCUUCAGGACAGGAGGAGCCUAAUGUUGAGGUCUGAGAUGGUCCUGUUCUGAGGACACAUUCCUCCUGUUGGCAGAUGUCCUCCACUCUGGGGCAGGAGAAGGUUGCCUGCUCAACAUAACUGAGGACUCCUCAGCCUGAGCCAUGGAGGGGAUGAUGAGGUGCCCUGUGAGAUGGGUCUCUAGUGCCCUGCCACCAGGCCUGAUGGGCUUCCAGCAAGCAAAGGAACCCCUCCAGACUGUAUUAGGGAGGCAAGCUAACAGGUUUUGUGAAACAGGCAGUGAACAUCCCCACGUUCCUUGUCCUCCUCAUGGUACCAUGUUCUGCCUCAGCAGCCCUGCAGUGCCGUGGUGUGAAUCCUGGCCCAUGGCUCUCUCCAUCAGCUGGGUCAGGUGAAGUCUGCACCCAGCGGUGAGGGAUGGGAGAGCUGGGGUGAGACACUAGCUUUGAUGGCAUGGUAUGGGGCAGGAGGGUUUGGGAAUGGGGAUGUCCUCUUUGCAACACUGUUACGGGGCAUCGCCCUUCAGCAUCCUGGGAGCGGGACACCUUCUGGCUCCAUGUGACAAGUAGGCAGCUGUGUGAUGGGUGGGGUGUGGGUGUUACUGCCCAAACCAUCCCUGCUCCCUCUAGCUUUCCCAGCUCCUUGACUUCUGCUCUUCUGUGCCACGUUUUGUGUAACUCCCAAGAGAACUGAAGUAGUCUGUGUGCCUCUUAUACCCAGCUGUACUGUUUAUUAAAAAACAACAGUGAGUCUUA